GAUUCUUUUUACAAGCUUUGUUCUGUCAUGAGUUGGUUCUUCAGCAUUCUUUUUAGAUUAGAUAAUAACUUCAAGUUGUUCAAGUUGUGGCCUUUGUUAUUUAUCGGUUUGUUUCUUUUUAUUUCUCGUGACUCGAGUGAACAACAACUGAUUCCCCUGUUAUACCAGCAACAGUCUCUGUAUAAAGAUGUUCCACUACCAGCUGUACAAGUAGCAGGCACACACAACUCUUAUUGCUCCACUCACUAUGGAUACAACUUGUGUAACAAUGGUGAAAUUCCCAGACAUUUUCUUUCUUUAACACAACAGUUGGAUAGAGGUUUCCGUUUAUUGGAACUUGAUGUUCAUUACAUUCCUCAAAUGAAUGACACAAAUACUACCUCAAAAACAGAUAGUUCAGCCUUUCGUCUUUGUCAUCCUUGUGGUGAUGGUUGUUUUUGGUUAUCGUUGAUAUGCUUGAAACAUUUUCCAGAUUAUGGAAAAGAACAUCGUGGUUGCUCUCAUCAUGCACUCACUUUGGAAAAGGCUUUUCGUGAGAUUAUGGACUGGCUACGGAGAUAUCCCGAUGAGUUUGUGUUUCUCUAUUUAGAUUCCUUUAUAUACGAUGAAGCUGCUGGAAUGGCGUUGAACAAUUGGGUUCAAAAUUGGAGUCAUUCUUUGGCAUUUUCUCAACAGGAUUUGAAAGAAUGGAGAUUCAACAAUGGCAUAUCUUCAGACUCAUACGACGGUUGGCCUAGUAUUCGACAAUUAUUGAAAAUGGGAAAGCAGUUAAUUAUCGACAGUCGUAUAGAUAACACAGUUGUGGAUGAAAACUCAUUUAUUUUUCCCGAUCUUUCCAACAUUCGAUGGCCAUUUUCUCAGUUGCAGUAUUUGGAGCCAUUAGAUGAACAAAUAAUGAAGAAACAAGAUUCGAGUGCUUUUCAACAAAGUUCUCAAAAAGAGCAAUGGUUGGGAUGUGCUAUACGAAGUUUAUCAGAAUCCGAAGAACCGAAGCAUGUCUAUUUUCCUUUCUUUAGUAGAAUGGUUUGGGAAGGCCAUUUGACUGAUCGAGCAUGGAAGUUGUUAAAAGAUGCUGUCCAAUGUGGUUACAGUUUUCGUGUAGAUAUUCCGAAUCUUUCUUCAUGGACUCGUAUACUUGAAAUAUUUGAAUGGAGUUUUUCAACAUUAGAAGAAACCAGUCGAUGGGUAAAGGGACAUUCUUGUACAAAAUUGAGCACGGGAAAGUGGAUGACGGUCAAUCAUGAUGAGAAUGAAUUGGCUUCAGUGGCUUGUGUUUGUGAAGAGUGGCAUUCAACGAACUAUUCAUUGAAACAGCCGAGAGGUUAUCGACAGUCUUGGUGGUGUACAUCAUCUCGUUAUCCUUGUCUGUCGAAAACCCAAGGCAAUCAAUUGUGCAAUCGAACGAAACCAAGUUCUUGUGCAAGUGCAUCGUUUUCUUGUCCUGUGACUGCUUUGGAAAAUGAAAUUUUAAAGUAUACUAUGAAAGACUUUGGUGUGGAUUCCGUAUGGAUUAUAUCGAAUGAUGAAUAGGAAUUGGAUGACUUCCCCUUUUUCAAGUAAAAGGAAACAAAGACAUGAAGAAUGUCACUUUUCAUUU